CCGGCGUAGAAGAGGUGAUUUAGUUUCAGAGACGCAGUGAAGGAGCUGAGGAGUCUGAAGAAAGCAGAGCUUCAUCGGGAUGGAAGUUGUGUUCGGGAUGAAGAGCGCCGGGGUCGUCGUGUUGAUGCUGUGUCUCCGUCACGCGUCCUUUUCUUCCGCUCAGGAGUGUCCAUCCACCCACGACCUGCUGAACUCAUUGCGGCAGGUGGAGAAGAUGUUGGCGGUCCACGAGGCUUCGUACCAGCAGGGCCUGCGCUCCCUCAGGAAGAAGAUGAGCACUCUACACAACAGCACCAUGGCCAUCUUUAAGACCGGCGCAACCUGCUCCAAACCAGAGCCCCCUGCUCAUGGCCGCAGACUGGGCAGGGUGUUCGGCAUCGGGCACGAGAUCCACUUCCUGUGCAAGCCUGGCUACGAGCUGAUUGGCCCACGCACCCGAGUUUGUCUUGAUUCUCUGAGGUGGAGCGGCCAGCAGCCAAUGUGCAGACCCCUCAACAGCAGCGGAAACUCCCUGGCCUCUUUCUCUCCUGCUGCUCCUUCCUCCUCCUUCCCUGUCUCUGCUGCUCUGUCAGCAUCCUCCUCCUCUGCAGCAUCCUCACCACCUCCUGUCUCCUCUACAUCACCCACGUCUUCCUCCCCGCCCUCCUCCGUCCGUCCGUCUCACUGCACUCACUUCCUGGGCUCCACCCGCUGCACCUGUGACGUGGGUUUCACCAUAUCAGGCCGCGACAACAACAUCUGCACAGAUAUCGAUGAGUGCCGUCUGUUUCCUCUCGGUCAGCCCGGCCGGCUCUGUGUCCACCAGUGUGUAAACACGCCCGGCAGCUUCCACUGCUUCUGUCCGGCCGGCUACGACCUCGCCAGAGACGGCCGCAGCUGCACAGAUUUCGACGAGUGUGAAAACCGGAUGCACAACUGCACAGCAGACCAGGUGUGUGUGAACACCUACGGAGGUUUCCAGUGUGCGACGGUGGAGUGUCCUCACAUGAAAAACGCCACGUACAUCAAGACGUCACCAAUGCGCUGUGAGAGGAACCCGUGCAUGCUGGGAGACAAGGCGUGCACUCAGGCGCCAAACUCAAUCUCCUUCCACUUCCUGUCUGUGGUGUCCAACAUGUCCGCUCCCCGCGUCCUCUUCCGGGUGUCGGCGGCCCGCGUGCUGGGCGACACGCUGCGUUUCGGCCUGGCGGGCGGCCGCGGGCGGGGCCACUUCAGCGUGCAGCGCUCGGGCCGGCAAACUGGCACCCUCCUCCUGGUGACGCCCAUCAACGGGCCCGCCGCUCUGGAGGCCGAGGUGGAGAUGAGCGAGCUGGAGCGCAACAACCUGCUGGGCCGCUACCUCACAAAGGUCACGCUGUUCGUUUCUCCGUACGAGUUUUAGGGGCAGGAGUCUGAAAGUCUGAAAUA